AGAAAUCAUGUGACCAGGCAACGCUUCUGCCAAAACAAUGAAUGUAUGUGGCGCGACAACAUAAAUGUUUACCGGUGUGAAUAGUUUGUUAUUUUAAAAUAUAUAUGUUUUAACAGAAAAAUAAGUUUGGUGACAAUAUGGGGUGUAUGGGCCAGGAAAAGCGUCAUCUUUCUGAUUUACCGGAUGCUCCGGAUUUUUGUUCAAGAUGGUUUGGAUGUUUAAAGAAGUAAUCCAUUCUCACCCAAAAUUCAGCUACAUAAGUCUCUACACUCACACAUCCUUAUCACUGCUCUACAAGACUUCAUGCUGUCUAUCUGAGUUCUGUGGAUGCUACGCUUGGUGUAUAUUUAACUGUUUGUGAUCAUGGCUCUACCAAACGGUUACUCCGUUAAUACAACUUCAGAUGACCAAGACAGCGACACGGCACCACUUCUUAAAAAAGAAGUUGAAGAAAUCACAGUUGCAGUUCCUCCCAAAUGUUGCUCGGUACGAUGCAAUCUGGCUGUUAUGAUGUUCUUUGGCUUUGCUGUGGUCUAUGGCCUGCGUGUAAAUCUCAGUGUUGCUAUGGUUGCCAUGGUUAACAACACCGGUAACCAGUCGAUUCAAAGCAAUAUUUCGAAUGAAUGUCCGGUACCCAAUAAUUCAAUAGACAACAGCAGCCAGAGUUCAGUUCAGCCAGAUGGGUUUCCAAGAUACGCAUGGAGUUCCACGACACAGGGAAUGCUGCUAAGUGCUUUCUUUUUUGGAUAUCUGUUUACUCAAAUCCCGGGAGGGUACCUGUCGGGACGCUUCGGAGGAAGCAUCUUUCUUGGAGGAGGUGUACUUGGAACAGCAGUCCUUACUCUUCUGACACCACUGUCAGCACAGCUCGGAGCCAACUGGCUGUUUGCCUUACGCUUCUUGGAAGGCUUUGGGGAGGGUGUGACUUUCCCUGCCAUGAUGGCUAUGUGGGCCCGUUGGGCUCCCCCAUUGGAAAGAUCUCGUCUGAUGACCUUCUCUGGUGCUGGAUCAAGCUUUGGUGCCUUUGUAUCUCUUCCUCUCACUGGCUUCAUCUGCCAUAAUCUGGGAUGGCCAGCAGUCUUCUACUUCUGUGGUGGUGCUGGUUGCCUUUGGGCACUGUUUUGGUUUAUCCUGGUGUCAGAUGAACCCAGAUCUCACCCAAGAAUUAGUGACCAAGAGAAAAAUUACAUAGUUACCUCAAUAGGUCCACAGGGGACAGCACAUGGUUGGUCAGUGCCUUUACGAUCAAUGGUCUUCUCUGUUCCUCUUUGGGCCAUUAUCAUUUCACAGAUGUGUUCAAACUGGUCUUAUUACACACUGCUCACUUCACUUCCUAUUUACAUGGACACUGUGCUCCACUUUAAUAUACAGCAGAAUUCGUUUCUCUCUGCUCUGCCCUAUCUGGGUGGCUGGGUGUUCUCAGUAAGUUCAGGUGUGCUGGCAGACUCCAUUCUGGAGAGGAAGGCCAUGAGUGUCACAGCUGUCCGAAAAAUCUUCACUUUCAUCGGUCUGUUUCUGCCCGCUGUUUUUCUGGUUGCUGUGGGCUUCUCAGGCUGUAGUGGCGCUCUGGCCGUGACUUUUCUCACUGUGUCCAGUGCGUUUGGAGGUUUCAGUGCUGCUGGAGUCUUCAUUAACCAGAUUGAUAUUGCUCCACGGUAUGCAGGUAUACUUCUGGGAAUCACAAACACGUUUGGGACCGUCCCUGGUGUUGUUGCACCAAUUGUAGUGGGGUACUUGACCACAGAUAAACAGCACUUGGUUUUAGGGUGGAAUCAUGUGUUCUGGUUGUCUGGAGCAGUGAGUGCUUUUGGAGCAAUCUUCUUUGUGAUCUUUGGCACUGGAAAGAUUCAAAGCUGGGCCGGGACAGAUCAGGAGGCAGAGACAGAUAUAUGCCGUUAAAUGCAAAACAUUCCUGAUUUUAUAAGAAAUGUGAUUUAUUUUGAGUCACAUACACGUAAAACUAUACUGCACACACUUUUCAGGUUUUCUUAACUAUAUUUCACUCAGGGCUUUUAAAUGACGGAUUAAAGUGCUUUAAAGGGUGUUGUUCAUUCUACUCAUUGUUAAACACAAAAAAUGACACCAUAUUAAACAUUGUUUACAUAUAUGCAUUUGGCAUUUAAAAUGCUUCCAAACUUUUUGGGGUGGUUUCCCGAACAUUAGCUUAAGCCAGGACAAAAAAACUUUACUUGUAUGCAUUUUGAGGCAAAACGAAGGGCACUGAUGUAUUUUAAGAUAUGUCAGUACAAGUUGUUUUCAGUUUGGACAGUUCUUACAUUUAUUUUAGUCUAGGACUAGUCUAAUCCCUGUCUGGGAAAACCGCCCCAUAGUGCAUUAGAAGCUAUCCAUUGUUUAAUCGAUAUUUGUGUUUCUGAGUUUGAACCCAUGACUUUUUGUGUUGCUAAUGUAAUGCUCUACCACUGAACUAUACAGGGAGCACUGUAUAGCACUGUUAAACCAAGGUUAAAAUCAUUUUCAUGCUUUUACAAUUUUGUCACAAAUGUAGAACCGAUUUUAAAGCAUAACCAUAAUUUACUACAUUGGGAAAUACUAUAAUGAGCACUUUAAUGAAUAUUUUUCUUUUGUUGCCGUUAAGUCCUCUGUAGUUUAUGAAUUUUAAAUAAUUAUAUUGCAUUAAUUGCGUUGGUAAAUGAAGCUAUGCGUGCUAGCUAUUAUUACAUUUUUUUUAAUAGAAUCUUUUUUUUUUUUUAAGGUAAAUGAUUUCUCUGGUAUAAAACAAUAAUAUAAACUUGAAGGUUUAUUUAAUUUCAAUAUUUGAACGGUAACAUGGUGUUAUUAAACCAGUUUAUUUAUUUUUUUAAAUUGUGUUUUCUUUGUAAUGAUUUGUAACCUAAUUUUAAUUUCAAACUUGCAAAGAUGCCUCUGUAAAAGAAUGACUUAAGGAUUGUAUUUUAGCAGAUCAAAUACCUUAAGAAUGUUGUUGUUGUUGUUGUUUUUUAGGUACAAUAGCCAGCACUUUUUAAAUAACAUGAAUAUCUCAAAUAUGCUUUAAAUGCACAAUCAAUGCAUUGUUAAUUUUUAAAAAUGUGUAAUUGCUAUUUUGUAACUGUAAAAUAGAAUUACAAGAAAAUGUACGCCAUCUUGAUAAUAAAUGUUUUUAUAAGCCUAUGCAAAA